CAAAAUGUAUUUACCCCAUGGAGCAUUAAGUUUGCUGUUUAUCACUUGCAUGAUGUUUGCCCUGACGAGCGGCCAUCCAUCAAACGAGAAGCUUAAGAUUCGGAUUCAUGUGCCGGUGAAGCAUCACACGCAUGUGCACACCAAGACGGUGAUAAAGAAGGUGCCGCUGCCCAUUCCGGUGCCGGUCAAAGAGCACAAGGAGCACAAGGAACCGAAGAAGCAUCAUCGCAGCAGCCACAAUCAUCAUUAUCGCGAACAGGACGAACUCGAUGAUGAUUUCGAGGGUUACGAGUAUCCUGUCAAAUCCAGACGACGCACGCGGCAUCCUUUUGUCUAAUAAUGACAGUGGGCGUGACAGCAAUCUGGGCGUGUCACAGGCACUCAAACACACACACACACACACACAUAUCAAGCAAAUAUAAACCAAAAUAAUGAUCGUAUGAAUGACAGAUUCACAAAAACCUGGGUGUGAUUUGUCAAUGUUUAAACAAUAAGCGAAACUUUUCUGUGCAAUACGCAAUGAGC